AUGGCGGAUGGCGGCGUGGAUAUAGAUUUAUACGCUGAUGAUAUUGAAUCUGAUUUUAAUAGACAGGACGAGUUUGGAGGAGACAAUGUAGAUUUAUACGACGAUGUAAUAGCUGCCCCGCCUACGAAGCCAGAAGAUGGAGAUGGUCCACAGAAUUCGGGGUCGCAACAUCCUCCGGAAGAGACAAAUGGAAAUGCGCCGUAUCACAACGCUCCAAGCCACGGGCAUCAUGGCCGCCGCUUUCAGCUUUACGUCGGCAACCUAACUUGGUGGGCUACUGAUCAAGAUAUAGCUAAUGCCAUCGCAGACGUUGGCGUAACUGAUUUUCAAGACGUGAAAUUCUUCGAGAACAGGGCCAAUGGACAGUCGAAGGGUUUCUGCGUUAUAUCUUUGGGUUCUGACCAGUCCAUCCGGAUGGUCAUGGACCGUUUGACCAAGAAGGAGAUACACGGACAACAUCCCGUUGUUACGCUGCCCACAAAACAGGCACUUAACCAAUUUGAGAGUCAAUCCAAGACGAGGUCAACGCCACCAGGUCCAAACCCUGGAAUGAGAGGACCGCCUGGACAUCCUGGUGGUCCACCGGGACCUCACCCAGGAGAGUUCUAUGGUGGCGGACCCAACGGUCCGGGGCCAAACGGGCCCCGAAUGAUGAUGCCAGGACCGGGAGGCCCUCAUCACCAAAUGCGUGGGCCACCGCCCGGACCUCACGGGCCUCAUGGCCCUCCACACCACAUGCCACAACACCAGGGGCCCCCGCCUCAUCAUAUGCCGCCGCAUCAGGGACCCCCGCCGCAUCAAGGGCCCCCACAGCAUAGACCGCCCAUGCCAUAUAACGAUAUGCAGCGUCAAGGCGGUCGCGGAGGUGAAUGGGGUGCUCGAGGGCCCCACAUGCAGCCUGCCCCGGGGCCUCAGUACGGCCCACCGCAGCACCAGAUGCCACAUCAGAUGCCCCCACCCCAUGCUCCCCCAGGUCAAGGCUUGCCUCCGCCCCACCACCAGCUGCCUCCUCACCAGCAAGGACCUCCAAGGGGUCCUGCCCCCUUACCCCAGCAUCCUGGUGUAGUGGGCGUAGGCGGUCCCGCCCCUCACGUGAAUCCGGCAUUCUUCAACCAGCAGCCGCCAGUGCAGACAGCACCACCUGUUCAACCGGGACCCCAGCCUGGACUACCUGGUCCAGCCCCUUACGGACACCCGGCACACGCUGCCCCUCCACCCACUCAGGGCCCGCCUCCAGGAGCUAGAACACCCUAUGGAAGACCACCUCAGGUGUACCCCCCAGGCCCCGAGGCCCGUCCGGGGCACCCCGCUACCCUAAAUCCCCACGCGCCCCAUGCGGCCCCUCACCCCGCGCCUCAUCCGCACCCUCCGCAUCCCGUCAUCAGCGAAGCCGAGUUCGAGGAGGUCAUGAGCAGGAACCGGACGGUGUCGUCUAGUGCGAUCGCGCGUGCGGUCAGCGACGCUGCCGCCGGAGAAUACGCGUCCGCCAUAGAGACGCUCGUUACUGCUAUCUCGCUCAUCAAGCAGAGUAAGGUAGCCCACGACGACCGUUGCAAGAUCCUAAUAUCAUCUCUCCAAGAUACCCUUCACGGCGUCGAAACAAAGUCCUACGGAGGGGAAAGACGUCGUUCCAGGUCUCGGGAACGAGAUGCGAGGGCUCAUCACCGCGCUCCCAGGAGACGGGAGAGGUCUGCCAGCCGAUAUCGGGACAGGUCCAGGGACAGAGAAGACAGGGAUCGGUAUAGUGAAAGGUCGAGGGACCGCGACCGUGAACGCGAUCGUGACGCGUAUUAUCGCGAUUACCGUGAACGUGAGCGGGACAGGUCCAGGUCGAGGGAGAGAGAACGCGCUGACCAUUACAAUAGAGGCCACAGUCGAGAAGAGAGGCCACGUAAAUCCCCAGUGGAAGCGGUAGCGGAACCGGGAGCGGGCGAUGCGAGCGGAAAGAGCCGUUCAGCUGCCGCGCCCUAUUACGACGAGAGGUACCGAGAGAGGCGUGACCGUGACCCGCCGCCGGCUGACCGUGAUCGUGACCGCGAACGCGAACACAGGCGGGAUGCCAGGCAUUAG